GCCCCCCAGCCCGGCCCCUUCCGCCGCCGCCAUCGGGCCCCGCCCGGAGAUGCAGAGGGGGGUGCCCCCCGACGUGUCGUUCGAAGAGGUGGCCAUUUACUUCUCCCCCGAGGAGUGGGCAGAGCUCCUGCCCUGGCAGCGGGCGCUGUACCGAGAGGUCAUGGCUGACAACUACGACCUGGUGGCCAGUCUGGGCUCCGUGUCCAAGUUCACUGACAUGAAGGAGGAGUGGCCCGGGGAGGUCCCCUGUGCUGGGGGGGACAGCAGAACUUCUGACGCCUCCAGCACCGUUGCCCAGGACGGUUCUGCCAGUGAGGAUGAUGACGGGGGACACUGGGAAUUGGGGUUCGGUGCCCCCCGCUCCGGCUGGAGCGACACCGCCCCGGGGGGCUGUGCCGGGGACCCCCCUCGGGAGGAGCCGUGUGACGGGCUGGGGCCGAGCUGCGGGGCCGAGCUGGGGGAUGCCCGGGCCGAGCCCCCCGCCCCGGGCCCGCCGUUCGUGUGCGGGACCUGCGGCAAAGCCUUCCGGCACCGCCGCAACCUGCUCACGCACAAGCGGCUGCGCGGGGGGAACCGCGCCCGGCACGGCUGCCCCGAGUGCGGCCGCGCCUUCUGCCUGCGCGGGGACCUGCUGCGGCACCGCGGAUCGCGGGGGCGGCCCGGCUGCCCCCAGUGCCCCCAGUGCCCCCAGUGCCCCCAGUGCCCCCAGUGCCCCCAGUGCCCCCAGCGCCCCGCGGGCGCGGCGGGGCCGUGCGAGGAGCGUCCCUUCGUGUGCGGGCGCUGCGGGCGCGGCUUCGCCUGGCGGGAGAGCCUGGAGCUGCACGUGCGGUCCCACCCGCCCCCCGAGCGCGCCCACCCCUGCCCCGAGUGCGGCCGCGCCUUCCGCAGCCGCGGGCACCUCCGGCUGCACCGCCGGGCACACGCCGGGCACCGGCCCUUCCCCUGCGCCCGCUGCGGCCGCGCCUUCGCCUCGCAGGCCAACCUGAGCACACACCGCCGGCUGCGCCGCCGCUGCCGCGACCCCCGGGCACAGGGCAGCAGGGACCCCCGGGGCAGCAGGGACCCCCAGGGGAACAGGGACCCCCAGGGGAACAGGGACCCCCAGGGGGAUGGGAACAGGGACCCCCGGGCACAGGGCAGCAGGGACCCCCAGGGGAACAGGGACCCCCAGGGGGAGAGGGACCCCCAGGGCAACAGGGACCCCCAGGGGAACAGGGACCCCCAGGGGGAGAGGGACCCCCACAAGGAUGGGAACAGGGACCCCCAGGGGGAGAGGGACCCCUGCAGGGAUGGGAACAGGGACCACCCCGGGGAUGGGAAUAGGGACCCCCAAGGGGAGAGAGACUCUCUCAGGGAUAGGAACAGGGACCCCUCUGGGGAGAGGGACCCCCAUGGGGAUGGGAACAUGGAUCCCCAGAGGGAGAGGGACCCCCGCAGGGAUGGGAACAGGGACCACCCCAGGGAUGGGAAUAGGGACCCCCAAGGGGAGAGGGACCCCCACGCCCAGGGGAACAGGGACCCCCAAGGGGAGAGAGACCCCUACAGGUAUAGGAACAGGGACCCUCAGGGGGAGAGGGACUCUCUUGGGGAUGGGAACAGGGACCCCCACGGAGAUUGGAACAGGGACCACCCCGGGGAUGGGAAUAGGGACCCCCAAGGGGAGAGGGACUCUCUCAGGGAUGGGAACAGGGACCCCUCUGGGGAGAGGGACCCCCACAGGGAUGGGAACAGGGACCCCCAGGGGGAGAGGGACCCCCACAGGGAUGGGAACAGGGACCCCCAGGGGGAGAGGGACCCCCACAGGGAUGGGAACAGAGACCCCCAGGGGGAGAAGGACCCCCACAGGGAUGGGAACAGGGACCCCCAGGGGGAGAGGGACCCCCACAGGGAUGGGAACAGGGACCCCCAUGGGGAUGGGAAUAGGGACCACCUCGAGGAUGGGAAUAGGGACCCCCAGGGGGAGAGGGACCCCCAUGGGGAUGGGAAUGGAGACCCUUGUGGGGAUGGGAACAGGGACCCCUCCAGGAAUGGGAACAUGGACCCCCAGGGGGAGAGGGACUCCCCUAGGGAGGAGAACAGGGACCCCUGCGAGGAGAGGGAGCCCCACAGGGAUGGGAACAAGGACCCCUCUGGGGAGAGGGAGCUCCAUGGGGAUGGGAACAGGGACCCCCAGGGGGAUGGGAACAGGGACCCCUCUGGGGAUGGGAACAGGGACCCCUCUGGGGAGAGGGACCCUCCCAGGGAGGAGAACAGGGACCCCCAGGGGGAUGGGAACAGGGACCCCUCUGGGGAGAGGGAGCCCCAUGGGGAUGGGAACAGGGACCCCCAGGGGGAGAAGGACCCCCACAGGGAUGGGAACAGGGACCCCUUUGGGGAGAGGGAGCCCCAUGGGGAUGGGAACAGGGACCCCGAGGGGGAGAAGGACACCCCCAGGGAUGGGAACAAGGACCCCCAGGGGGAGAGGGACACCCACAGGGACAGGGACUCCCUUGGGGACCAGGUCACCCCUGGGGACAGGGGUCGCCAGGGGGACAAGGACCCCCUUGGGGAUGGUGAUGCCUGUGGGGUCAGGGACCCCCUGGGGAACGGGGACCUCCUCAGAGACAGGGAUACCCUCAGGGAUGGGAACCCCCUCGGGGAUGGGAACCCCCUCGGGGAUGGGGCUGACCCGGGGGGUGACCAGCAGUAGCCACAGGAUGGGAUUGUCCCAGUGCUCCCGUGAACGUGAUGCCAGUGCCACGGCCCAUCCCGGACACCCCGGAACUGAGCACCUGGGCACCCCUGAAACCACCUGAGGGGCUUCUCCCUGUCCCUUGGGACCUCAGGGAUCCCCCUGGGAUGUGUCUCUGCGUCUCUUGGGACCUCAGGGAUCCCCCUGGGAUGUGUCUCCGUGUCCCUUUGGACCUCAGGGAUCCCUCUGGGAUGUGUCUCUGUGUCCCUUUGGACCUCAGGGAUCCCCCUGGGAUGUGUCUCCCUGUCCCUUUGGACCUCAGGGAUCCCUCUGGGAUGUGUCUCUGUGUCCCUUUGGACCUCAGGGAUCCCCCUGGGAUGUGUCUCUGCGUCCCUUUGGACCUCAGGAAUCCCUCUGGGAUGUGUCUCUGCGUCCCUUUGGACCUCAGGGAUCCCUCUGGGAUGUGUCUCUGCGUCCCUUUGGACCUCAGGGAUCCCUCUGGGAUGUGUCUCUGUGUCCCUUUGGACCUCAGGGAUCCCCCUGGGAUGUGUCUCUGUGUCCCUUUGGACCUCAGGGAUCCCCCUGGGAUGUGUCUCUGCGUCCCUUUGGACACGGAGACACACCCCAGAGGGAUGGAUCAAGAUAUAUCAGGAUGUAUCUGGCCCUUGAUAUAUCUUCAGACUUCGGAAAUCCCUCUGGGAUGUGUCUCCAUGUUCCCUUUGGAUUCUGAAGUAUCUUCAGGCCUUGGAAAAUCCCCCUGGGAUGUGUCUCCAUGUUCCCUUUGGGCACUGAAGUGCCUCCAGACCUCAGAAUGUCCCUCCAGGGCACUUCCCAGUCCUCCCAGUCCCACCAGUGCCCUGCCCCAGGUCUGUGUUUAAAGCCAGGAGUCUCUUUAUGUCUGUUUAUUCUGGUUAUUGUCGUUUAUUUAUUCUUUUCUAUUUUUCUAUUUUAUUAAAUUCUAUUUAGGUUA